AUGGCCUUCGCCGACACUGACACACUCUCCCCUGACUUUCUCGACGAACACCCGCCAGUCCUCAACGAUAAUGGCUUCUAUACCGUCGAACGCGACCCUGAUUCUUUCGAUGGGACCUUGCCCGCCAGUCAAGGCUUGUACGAAAAUCAGUACGAGAAAGACUCCUGUGGUGUAGGCUUCAUCUGUCAGAUCAAGGGCGAGGAAAGCCAUAAAAUUGUCUCAGAUGCUCGCCAACUCUUAUGUGCCAUGACCCACCGUGGUGCGACCGGCGCUGACAGCCGCGACGGAGACGGUGCAGGAGUCAUGACAGGCAUUCCUCAUCUCUUCUUCAAGCGUGAGGCUGAAAGAGACAUCGGCUGCGAGCUCCCCGAGCCAGGGGAGUACGCUGUUGGUAAUGUAUUUUUCAGACCGAAUGAUCCCGUCGGACUACAGAAACAGCAGUCAGUCUUCGCCAAGGUUGCGAAUGAUUUGGGUCUGCGCGUCCUUGGCUGGAGGGAAGUGCCAACCGACGGAUCUAUUCUUGGCCCUGCGGCCGCCAGCAAAGAGCCUGCUAUCUUGCAGCCAUUCGUUGUCCUCCGAUCGCAUUAUGGCGAUGGAAACACUAGUCGAGGGGGGACAUUUGAUGCGAAACGGUUCGAGCGCCAGCUUUACGUUCUCCGGAAGCACGCAACCCACAGCAUGUUUGUCUUCUCGCUUUUAUUUAAAGUGAUCAAUGGUUUGACAGCCCGGACUUCUUCCAAUAUCGUCUACAAGGGCCAGCUUUCGCCUCCGCAAGUCUACAACUACUAUCACGACCUCAACCAUGUGCUCUAUCGCGCGCAUUUUGCUCUCGUACAUUCGCGUUUUUCAACAAACACAUUCCCGAGCUGGGAUCGUGCCCAGCCUAUGAGGUGGGCUGCUCAUAACGGCGAGAUCAACACUAUUCGCGGCAACAAGAAUUGGAUGCGUGCUCGAGAAGGUGUUCUAUCUUCUUCUCUCUUUGGCGAGCAGCUUGACCUCCUAUAUCCGGUCAUUGAGUCGGGUGGCUCCGAUUCCGCGGCGUUCGACAACGUACUUGAACUGCUCGUCGUCAACGGCGUACUGACUCUUCCUGAAGCUAUUAUGAUGCUGAUUCCUGAGGCGUGGCAAGGGAACGAGAUGAUGGAGCCGGAGAAAAAGGCGUUUUACAACUGGGCGGCAUGCUUACAGGAACCGUGGGAUGGGCCAGCGCUUUUUGCUUUCAGCGAUGGACGUUACUGUGGUGCCAAUCUGGAUCGUAACGGUCUCCGACCUUGCCGAUAUGUGGUAACGAACGAGGACAUCAUUGUGUGCGCUUCCGAGGUUGGCGCUGUCUUCAUUCCUCCUGAGAAGGUUGUAUCCAAGGGUCGUCUGAAACCGGGUCGCAUGCUUCUUGUAGACACCGGCGAAGGGCGCAUUGUCGAUGACAAGGAGCUGAAGCGGGCGACUGCUUCGAAGCAGAAUUUUGCUUCAUGGAUCGAGACGCAUGUCCUACAUGUCCCCAACAUCGUGAAGCGCGUGCAGCGUUCGCAGCGUAUUGAUGUUGUAGUCGAUGAAUAUUCCCUCAGUACCGACCCUAAACUUCUGGCAUUUGGUUAUACUGUGGAGCAGCUCAACCUACUUCUGAUGCCCAUGGUGACUGAUGGCAAGGAGGCUCUUGGUUCCAUGGGUAAUGACGCGCCAUUGGCAUGCAUGUCCACAAAGCCGCGCUUGAUUUACGAGUACUUCCGACAGCUGUUUGCUCAGGUAACAAAUCCCCCGAUUGAUCCCAUCCGCGAGAACAUCGUGAUGUCUCUUGAGGCGUACAUCGGCCCCGAAGGAAAUCUUCUGGAGAUGAAGCCGGAACAAUGUCACCGUAUUCUGCUUCGCUCUCCAAUCCUGACUAUAGAGGAGAUGAACGCAAUGAAGAACCUCAAGUAUGCGUACUCUACUUGGCCCUCCCGGAUUAUCGAUAUUACAUUCCCGAAGGAGCAGGGUUUGCCCGGAUACAAGGUCGCCCUCGAGCGUGUCUGCAGCGAGGCAAUGGAGGCGAUCGAAGAAGGCAUCAAAGUGAUCAUUCUUUCUGACAGGGCAACCGGUCCGGACCGUGUACCUCUCUCAGCUCUGGUCGCGUGUGGCGGAGUUCACCAGCACCUGGUGUCACAGAAGAAACGUGCCAAAGUUGCAUUACUUGUCGAGACCGGUGAGGCUCGAGAGGUCCACCAUCUGUGCGUCUUGCUUGGCUAUGGCGCCGAUGGUAUCUGCCCGUGGUUGGCAAUGGAGUGCAUUCAUAAAGUUGUGCGGGAAGGACUUGUCAAGGACAACAAGACUUAUGAUGAGCUUUCGGACAAUUUCCGCCACUCCGUCGACAAUGGUAUCUUGAAGGUCAUGUCGAAAAUGGGUAUCUCCACCUUGCAGUCGUAUAAAGGCGCGCAGAUCUUCGAAGCCCUCGGAUUACACGUUGAAGUUAUCGAGAGUUGCUUUCCUGGGACUGCUAGCCGUGUCCAGGGCGCUACCUUUGACCUACUAGCUAUGGAUGCCUUCGAGACGCACGAACGCGGUUGGCCCACCCGGGACACUAUUCUGCCGCCUGGUAUGCCCGAGUCAGGCGAUUACCAUUGGCGUUCUGGCGGGGAGGCCCAUAUCAACGAUCCGGCUGGAAUUGCUAAUCUCCAGGACGCCGUUCGAGAGAAGAAUCAGCGUGCCUACGAUGCGUAUGCGGCGAAUGCUAAUGAGCAGACCAGCGCGGUGCAUCUUCGAGGGUUGCUCGACUUCCGCUAUGAAAGUGCUACUCCAAUCCCCAUCGAACAGGUCGAACCUUGGAACGAAAUUGUGAGGAGGUUCGUGACCGGAGCGAUGUCGUAUGGUUCGAUUUCUAUGGAGGCUCAUUCGACCCUUGCUAUUGCUAUGAACCGUCUCGGUGGUAAGUCCAACACCGGCGAAGGAGGUGAAGAUGCCGAGCGCUCCCUUGUUCUGCCUAAUGGAGAUGUCAUGAGGUCUGCUAUCAAGCAGGUUGCUUCUGGUCGAUUUGGUGUUACUUCAAAUUACCUGGCUGACGCGGACGAGCUCCAGAUCAAGAUGGCUCAGGGUGCAAAGCCCGGAGAAGGAGGCGAAUUGCCAGGUCACAAGGUCUCUGGAUCUAUCGCUCGCACUCGUCAUUCGACGGCAGGUGUCGGUCUUAUCUCUCCUCCACCUCAUCACGAUAUCUACUCGAUUGAGGAUCUCAAGCAGCUCAUCUAUGACUUGAAGUGCUCAAACCCAAGAGCUCGGGUGUCCGUGAAACUAGUGUCUGAAGUCGGCGUUGGUAUCGUGGCGAGCGGUGUUGCAAAAGCGAAGGCGGAUCACAUCCUCAUCUCCGGGCACGAUGGCGGCACGGGUGCUUCGCGAUGGACUGGUAUCAAAUACGCAGGUCUUCCUUGGGAGCUUGGUCUAGCCGAGACGCACCAGACCCUAGUUUUGAACGAUUUGCGUGGUCGGGUCACUGUCCAGACUGAUGGACAGAUCCGUACUGGACGGGACAUUGCAAUCGCAUGCCUUCUGGGUGCGGAGGAGUGGGGUUUUGCCACUACGCCCCUUAUAGCAAUGGGUUGUAUUAUGAUGCGCAAGUGUCAUCUGAACACGUGUCCGGUUGGAAUAGCUACUCAGGAUCCUCAACUUCGCGCGAAGUUCGCUGGUCAGCCGGAACAGGUUAUCAAUUUCUUCUACUACAUCGCGGAAGACCUUCGUAGCUACAUGGCGAAGCUCGGUUUCCGUACCAUCAACGAAAUGGUGGGGCGAGCCGACAUGCUGAAAGCGGACGAGAAGCUUCGUACGCCGAAGACGGCGCACCUUGACUUGUCGGCUAUCCUGAAGCCGGCUUGGCAGAUGCGUCGUGGUGCCGCAACUUAUCGCGUCCGACCACAAGACCAUAAGCUAUAUAUCCGUCUCGACAACAAGUUCAUCGAUGAAUCGGAGCCUGCUCUUACUAAGGGACUUCCUGUGCAUAUCGACUGUGAUGUCACCAAUACGGACCGAGCUCUUGGUACCUCGUUGUCGUACCGGGUAUCAAAGUUGUACGGCGAAGAGGGCCUUCCGAAAGACACCAUUCAUAUUAGCAUGCGGGGCUCCGCUGGACAAUCUCUGGGCGCUUUCCUGGCACCAGGCAUCACGAUUGAAUUGGAAGGCGAUGCCAACGACUACGUGGGCAAGGGUCUGUCUGGAGGGCGUUUGAUUGUCUAUCCCCCAAAACAGUCGACAUUCAAAGCCGAAGAGAAUAUCAUUGUUGGGAAUGUCUGUCUCUACGGCGCGACGUCCGGAGAAGCUUUCAUUCGUGGCGUUGCUGCGGAACGAUUCGCAGUGAGGAAUUCCGGAGCGAAUGCCGUUGUCGAAGGGACUGGUGACCAUGGGUGUGAGUACAUGACUGGAGGUCGAGUUGUGGUCCUUGGUAGCACUGGGCGCAAUUUUGCGGCUGGAAUGAGUGGUGGGAUUGCCUACGUCUUGGAUACUGCUCAUACAUUCGCCUCAAAGGUCAACAUGGAGAUGGUGGAGCUUGGAAAGGUUACCGAUCCUCGCGAGAUCGCUCAGUUACGGGGUCUCAUUGAAGAUCACAGACACUACACUGGUUCGGAGGUCGCUGAUCGUGUCUUGCAUGACUUCCAUCAUCUCCUCCCUCUCUUCGUCCGUGUCAUGCCCCAUGAUUUCAAGCGCGUGCUGGAGGAGCAAGCUGCGAAAUUAAAGGAGGAAAGAAUGCGACACAGCAUGGUUGACUUGGUUCCUUCCCGCACUGCUAGCCAAGUUGACCUUGCUUCGGAGGGGCUAGUGGAUAUUUUAUCACCGAAGGAGCCCCUCUCGUAUCAUCCUAGCAGGUCGUCGUCUAGAACCCGCGUGGAGCCUUCUGUACUGGACUUGGAAGAUUCUCUUGUGGACGAUGCGACCACAAAGAGUCGUCUAAAGAAGCUGGACAAGACUCGAGGAUUCAUGAAAUAUAAGCGUUUGACUGAGAGCUAUCGUCCUCCUCGUAAACGAGUCAAGGACUGGAAAGAGAUAUCUACACGGCUGACGGAAGAGGAACUCAAGUACCAAUCCGCCCGUUGCAUGGAAUGUGGUGUUCCGUUCUGCCAAUCCGAUUCCGGAUGUCCGAUCUCGAAUAUUAUACCAAAAUGGAACGACCUAGUGUUUAAGGGUCAAUGGCAAGACGCCCUUAAUCGCCUCCUCAUGACGAACAAUUUCCCCGAGUUCACUGGUCGUGUGUGUCCUGCCCCGUGUGAGGGUGCAUGCGUGCUCGGGAUCAAUGAGCAGCCGGUGGGGAUCAAGAGCAUCGAGUGUGCUAUCAUCGACAAGGGUUUCGAAAUGGGUUGGAUGGAGCCCAAGAUCCCCAACUUCCGAACUGGGAAGAGGGUUGCAAUCAUUGGGUCUGGGCCUGCUGGUCUGUCGUGCGCAGAUCAGCUGAAUAAAGCUGGACAUCUUGUCACUGUCUACGACCGCAACGACCGCAUGGGUGGGCUGCUCAUGUAUGGAAUUCCGAACAUGAAGCUUGACAAAGCCAUUGUUCAACGCCGUCUAGACUUGAUGGCAGCAGAGGGCGUGACUUUCGUCCCCAAUACACAUGUUGGCAAGGAUAUCGACGUCAACCAACUCCGCUCCGAAAACGAUGCUGUCGUUAUCUGUACCGGGGCUACAUGGCCUCGUGAUUUGAAAAUCCCCAACCGCGAGGCUGAUGGUGUACACUUCGCGAUGGAGUAUCUCCAGCUGAACACAAAGUCAUUGCUCGAUUCCGACCUGCAAAACGACAGCUAUAUCAGUGCGAAGGGCAAGGAUGUCAUUGUCAUUGGUGGUGGGGAUACUGGUAACGAUUGUAUCGGUACUUCAAUGCGCCACGGUGCGAAAUCGGUCACCAACUUCGAGUUACUUCCGAAGCCUCCUGCGGCCCGCGGACGGGAUAACCCAUGGCCCCAAUGGCCUAGAAUUUUCCGCACAGACUAUGGACACACUGAAGUUGCUGCGCAUUUUGGAAAUGAUCCACGCGAGUAUUGCAUUUCGACAAAGGACUUUGUCGUUGACGAAGAAGGAAAAUUGAAGGGUCUCAACACCGUCCGCGUGGAAUGGACCAAGGACAGCGGGGGACGCUGGAAAAUGGAGGAAGUUCCUGGCUCGGAGAAAUUUUUCCCUGCUCAGCUCGUUUUUCUUGCCCUUGGAUUCCUCGGGCCUGAGUCGACGGCCAUCGAAGCUCUCGGGGUCAAACAGGAUGCCCGCUCCAACAUCCAGACGCCACCGAAGAAAUAUUCCACGAAUGUCGAAGGUGUUUUCGCCGCCGGUGACUGCCGCCGCGGUCAGUCCUUGAUCGUAUGGGGUAUCAAUGAGGGCCGUGGUGCCGCUUCGGAAGUGGAUGCUUGGCUCAGCAAUGGCUUGACGAGACUGCCCGAAGAUGGUGGUAUGAAGAAACGGGUGUUCAUCCCACCUUCAAGCACUUUAUCUGACGCUCCACAGAUUGUCGAGGUAGAAGCAUGA